AUGGACGAGAUCAGCGCUUUUCUGUCGUGGAUCGUGAUGGGCAAUUUUCUGUGGAUUUUCAUAGGAACCACCACAUUUUGCGGCCUGCUAAUCUACGUUGGAAAUACGUUCACCGACGGCAAGAUCAACAAGAAGUUCUUGCAGAAACUCAUUACUUUCGAUAACAAACUCAAUGUGGACAUCAACAGCGACGAUUUCAAGGCCUCCUGGGAGGACGGCGCGAUCAAGUUGCAGAAUCUCGUUGUUGGAUUUGGCCCCAACGAACAUCUACACUACAGCGUCAAGAUUGACACUGUGACUGUGACGCUGUCGCUCGGGAAAUGGCUGGACGGCAAGGGACUCAUCAAAGAUGUAGAUUUGACCGGCGUGGUUGGCUCUGCACACAUGGACGAGCAUUAUCAGGAGGUCAUGGACGAGUCGUUUUCCGCAAAAUACGAAUUUGAGCACUUUCAGAUAAACAAUCUCAAGCUGGUGGUGAGGCGCAAAAAUUGUCCUCCGUUGGAGGUGGAGAUAUUCAACUGCAAGCUUCCAAGAUUGCGGCGCAACUGGAUCACGUACGACUUUAUCAACGCGGAUGCAUUUUCGGGAUCGAUCAAUGGGUCAUUGAUCACGCUCCACAAACGCCAAAAUCAGUUUGCCGAGUUCUCUGCUCUGGACCAUACGGAGGACACGAACCCGUGGAAGAAAAUCACCCGGCUGCGUAUUGACCAGCUGGACCUUGCGCGGGUGACCGGCCCGGUUUCGAAGCUAAACUGGCUCCGCUCGGGCUCGGUCGAGCUGACAGUCGACAUUAUGCUUCCUACAGAAGACGACUCGGAAAGUAUUAAGGAACUGUUGCUGCAGGGCAACGAGACCACCGAGGAAAACAAGUACGUUGUGAUGGACUUCAAGGUGAACUUUCACGAUCUGCAUGCUAGGGUGCCCGCAAAAAUGCCCUGUUCGUCCUUGACCAAUGCUCCAUAUAUUUCAGAAGCAGAUUUACGCAGCCUGAUCACGUUUAUUAAUGACAAACGUUUUGGCUUAGCCAUGCGCACGGCUGAAACGUGGGACAUCGACGAGAAUCCUUUUGACGGGUCAGAUCUUGCUACAGAGCCCGACGAGGGCAAAUCGGUGGACCCACGUGUUCCCCCGAUAAAAUUCCGUCUGGUGCACAACCUGGCCAAUUUUGAGCUCGUGGACAUGGUUGCCUGCUUGGGACUGCACACCGACCCGCCGCGGGAUCUGAGCGGGGUACAAAAGCAAAGUUUCGACAACACCAACAAGCUUAUUGAUGCGGCCAUGACAGAGAUGCUCGGGUUGCUGAUGCUGUACAAGGAGGAGCUGCAACAGCGGCUGAUCGAGGCUUACUCGAAACGGACGAAUUUUGAGAUAUUCUUCAACAAUUUCAUCCUCGGCAACCUGAUCCUGGUCGGGCUUGGCAGUUUUGUGAUUUAG